AUGUCACUCUUACACGCUCUUCGCCAUGAAACCAAAGCCGUCAUAUCGUCUACUGUACCCCGCGAACUAGACCUGACCCCCGCAACCCCAGCCGAACACGUUCUAGACACGCAGGGUUUUGUAACAGACAAUUCGACCCCUAGAGACGGCCAACCUGUCUUUGAACGGGCACUGCCCAGUCGGACGACUAAAUCGCGUCAAGUGGUCAUCACUGUACUGCUUGUUCUGGCUAAUCUUGUACAGAUGACAGUCAAUUUUGCUGGCAUUGCUGGAGGAAGCGCCUUGAGUGAAUCACUGGGCGCCAAAGACACCUACGCCUCGUGGAUUGCUGCUAGUUAUGCUCUAACUCAAGGUACCUUUGUGUUGGUCAGUGGUAGAUUGGGCGAUGUUUAUGGCCAUCGAGAACUCGUCCUAGCCGGGGGUGCCUGGCUCACCAUCUGCACUCUAGCUAGUGCCUUUUGUAGCAACUUCUUCGCUUUUGUCACAAUGCGGGCUCUAGCUGGUUUUGGAGGGGCAUUAAUCAUGCCUAACGCAGUGGCUAUGAUAUCUAGCACCAAUGCCCCCGGUCGCGUGCGAAAUCUCAGUCUAGGUUUCUUUGGUGCGUCGGCACCAAUAGGAGGAUAUCUUGGGGCCUUGUUCUUGGGUGCCUUUCUACAGCGAACAGAGUGGAAAUGGUUUUUCAUCUUCAUUGCCUGCCUUGGUGUUAUCACAUUUACUCCUCUCUGGGCCUUGAGUUCGCGAGAACCACCGGUUGAUCGACAUGGAAAGAUCGACUGUAUUGGAUCAGCUCUUGGAACCAGCUCGUUGAUCCUGUUCAACUUUGUUUGGAAUCAAGCACCGAGUGUCGGUUGGUCAACAUCCUAUGAGAUCGUUCUACUGAUCAGCUCAAUUAUUUUGUUCGGAGGAUUCUUGCUUUGGGAAAGGAACUACGCCGCAGCGCCCAUCAUGCCACUCGACAUUUUCAAAGCUCCAUCCUUCCUCAUGCUACUUUUGGUGGUACUUCUCAAUUAUAUGGCGGUAGGAACCUUGAUCUGGUACCAGGUUCUAUGGCUCCAAAAGGUCUGGCACUGGUCUCCCCUGCAAUUUGCCGUGGGCUGGACCCCAUUCGUGAUCUGCGCCACGGGCGCUGCGUGUCUCGCAGCCUGGAUGAUCCCGCGAAUGGCGGCACAAUGGAUCCUGGCAAUUGGAACAGUCACGAUUUUGAUUUCAAAUGUGCUCAUGGCGACCGUGCCAAUCCACCAAUCCUAUUGGGCCCAGAUUUUCCCUUCUGUGCUCCUCUUCUCAUUCUGCCCGGACUUCGUGUACACGGCUGGCCAAAUCAUUGCCAGCAACUCCGUCCGUCGAAACCAGCAGGGCAUUGCCGCGUCCGUCAUUGGCACUCUGAAUUUAUACGGAAACAGCCUCGGGUUGGGUUUUGCAUCCACCAUCGAGGUGCAAAUUGCUCGCCGCUCGGGUAGUCAAAUCAUGGGUUAUCGAGCAGCACUUUACUUCGGUGUUGCUAUCAGUGCUGUAGCACUUAUACUUGACGUCUGCUUUGUCCGACUGGUUAAGGAUGACCGGGAAGGCUGGCAUGAGGAUGAUCACAUGGAGGAAAUUGAGCUGAACGAGCAGGCCGAAGCUAGCGGUGUCCAUCUACCCAAUGUAAACCAUUAA